GGCAAUUUAACGGAGGCGAAGCGGAGGAGGAAAUGGAGGAGCAAUCGACGGAGCUCGCAUCCAUUUCCACCCUCCAACGCGCCGCCGCCGCCAAGAAACUCAUCGAGAAUCAUUACAAGGCCCUUACCAAAGCCAUCGAGGAACGCAGGCAAAGGCGUCAAUUGCUGCAAAAGCUGCUGGCUGCUUCCGGCGAAUCCGAGGAAGAACAGAUGAACGUUUUGAAGGAGCUGGAGCGCAAAGAGACUGAAUACAUGCGAUUGAGGCGAAACAGAACUUCUGUUACUGACUUCGACCUCUUAACCAUCAUAGGAAGAGGCGCUUUUGGAGAGGUGAUAUUGUGCCGGGAGAAAUUAACUGGCAACGUAUAUGCGAUGAAGAAGUUGAAAAAGUCUGAAAUGCUGAGAAGAGGACAGGUUGAACAUGUCAAAUCCGAAAGGAAUUUAUUGGUGGAAGUUGUCAGUGACUACAUCGUGAAGCUUUAUUGUUCGUUUCAAGAUGCCGAGUAUCUCUACUUGGUCAUGGAAUAUCUGCAUGGUGGUGACAUGAUGACUUUGCUUAUGCGAGAGGACGUUUUGACUGAAAAUGUGGCGAGGUUUUAUAUUGCAGAAGCUGUUCUGGCUAUAGAAUCUAUCCACGAGCGCAACUACAUUCACAGGGAUAUUAAACCUGACAACCUUAUUUUGGACAAAAAUGGUCACCUGAAGUUGUCUGAUUUUGGCCUCUGCAAGUCCAUUGACUGUUCGAAUCUUGACUCGUUAAAUGGGAAAGAGCUGGUCGAUAAAAAGGAGUCGAGGGAACCAGGAAGUGAGAAUGAUUGUGUACCUGACAAAGGAGAUGAAAGCCAAUGGGAGAGUUCUCGCGAAAAACUAGAGCACUGGCAAAAGAGCAGGAGGACACAGGCCUUUUCAACGGUUGGGACGCCCGACUAUAUUGCGCCUGAAGUAUUGGUUAAGAAAGGUUAUGGGGUAGAGUGUGAUUGGUGGUCACUUGGUUGCAUUAUGUAUGAGAUGCUUAUUGGCUAUCCCCCGUUCUACUCUGACAAUCCUGUAACAACGUGCAAAAAGAUUGUGCACUGGAAAAACCACCUGAAGUUUCCGAGUGACAGUAGGCUAACUCCGAGCGCAAAGGACCUGAUCUGCAGAUUGCUAUGCAAUGUAGAUGAUCGGAUAGGUUCUCGUGGCGUGGGUGAAAUAAAGGCUCAUCCAUGGUUCCAACAAAUAGAGUGGGACAACAUCUACGACACGGAAGCUGCAUACAGGCCGGAGGUAAAUGGGGAGCUUGACACCCAAAAUUUUUUCGAACAGGAUGAGGUGGAUUUCCAGCCAGAAAAAUCUCGAACAGUGGCUUGGAGGAAGUUUCAUAAUUCAAAUGACUUGAGUUUUAUUGGCUACACAUACCGAUGCUUUGAACCAAUGAAAGGGCUAACAAAGUCUCCAGAAAAAGCCACUAAUGGAAAAGGUUUAAAGCGGGCUGCAUCGGCCGAUGUUCUUCUACAUUGAAACCAGACAUAACAUUGAUUCUAAUUAUUGGCUGAGUUGAGCAAUGGAUCUAAAAAUAUGAUUUUUAGGACUAAUGGUUAGAUAAAUAAAUAUAGUAAUUGAAAACAGAAAAAGAAAAUCAAAGUUGUACAUGAUACAUUCCUUUAAUUAAAAGAUUAUUAAUUCUUUUGUACUA